AUGCAUGGUUUACCACACUCUCCAUCACCCGCCAUUAAAUCACCAAUGAAAAUGCGAGCAGCUUUUGAUAUCAGCGGUACACCUUCUGGCUGUAAUGGACGUGAUGGAAAGCGCGUUUUUACCCGAGUUAUAAAAACAUUAGAACAAUUGAAAUCACCAUAUCAGAAAAUUAAAUUGAUUCGUGAAUAUAUCGACGAUAAUGCUUUCGAUCGUAAGAAUAAACCCUACACAUAUUCAGUUAAAUAUGAGGAUAAAGAACUUGUUGCCAAAGUUGUUGAUAUGACAAUUGUAUUUAAAGCAUGUAUUCCAGCAGCAGACAUGAUCAGAUUGCACUCACCUUAUUGA